UCCUCUUAUUUCUACCAGCAUGUUUGUUAUUAUCAAGCCUCAACGGUUUGACAGAGGCGAACUUAACGCGUUCACCAAGGAUGAUAUUCACAGAAAAAGAAUCAACAAUGAAAGGGUUACCAUUAUUUGGACACGAUACACCUGUAAGUAUUCUCGUGGAAGGAGACACUGUCACAGCUGUUGGACGAACACACCUGAAGUCAUUCAACGUUCAAGACCCUAACAAGGCUCCUGUGGAAAAGAAGGUGUCGUGGGUAGGAUGCAGUCCAGCACCAGGAACAGAUUGCAACUAUAAAAUCUCUGUGGUGGAAGAGACAGGCAAGACCAACGAAGUGUUUGUGUGUGGAACCAAUGGAAGGCAAACGUUGUGCUGUAACAUGAUGCUAUCACAGGAGUCAGCCCAGUGCAUUCCCUCUGAUAAUAUGAAGAAUAUUAAAGAAAGCAUACAGGAUUUCAUCAUAAAGGAAGGUGAACCAUCUGUUCUUGUCCUUCCAAAAUCUGCAGGAGAUGAGGCUCUCUUCAUUACACACUCUGGAUCUCAAGUCAGUGUUGGCAUCCACAAGUUUGGGAAAAAUAAAGUUGGACCAGAAACCCAUGAUAAAGAGCAGUACUAUGUGGGUUUGGUACGCAGUGAACGGAAAGACGAUGAGUUACAGAACAGAAUUUAUGCCUUCUAUAAGGAGAAAAACACGGACACCAGCUUGGACAGUGAGAUGUGGCUGCCCUAUGUGACCCAGGUUUGCAUGGCAGAUAAUGGUGGGCCCAAGAACAAUCUACAGUUCAGCUGGACGUCCCAGAUGAAUGCCAGGUUCUAUUGUGGAGACCCUGAAAACAGACAGUACUUCUCUGAGCUGAUAGAUGUGGCUACUAUACAUGCAGACCGGUGGCAGGAUACCAGGGUUUAUGCACUCUUCAGCAAUGAAUGGGGUAUGAGUGCUGUUUGUGUCUACACGAUACAAGAAAUUGACGAAGUCUUCACCAACUCCCCUUUCAAAGGCCCUGACAUGCAAAACAGCAGGUCUAGAACGUGUGUUGAAGAUAGCACAAAGAUGUCUAUAGAAGCCCUGAACUCGAUCAAGAAGGCCUCAGAGAUGGUGCAGUGGGUCCGGCCUGUGGGAAACUCUGGCCCACUUCUGAUUAAUCGACACAGCUACACUCACAUCCUUGCUGACAGUCCGCAGCAGAAGAGGAACAAUCACCACCCGGUCCUGUUUCUGUCUCUAAAGAAUGGAGGAGUUCACAAGGUGACGCAGAAUAAAAGUCACGCCUUUGUCAUCGCUGAAAAUCAACCUUUCAACCAUAGUGCCCACAUCCUCAGCAUCACCCUCAACCAUCCCUCUAGGAAACUGUAUGUGAGCUCCGCACGUGAACUGGUCCAACUGAACGUGGCAGACUGUACCCAUUAUGGAGACACCUGCCAGGAAUGUAUCUUAGCCAGAGAUCCGUACUGCGGCUGGAAUGGCGUACGCUGCGUCCUUGCAACACAGAACACACUGCAGGAUGUGGACAAUGGGAGCCAUGCUGAAUGCCCUUCUCCAUCAAAGUUUCAAAGCUUAAAAGGAUCAGGCAGCAGUGCAGAUAGCACUAUGGACAGGAUUAAGGUCCCCUCUAAGUCCAAGUAUUUCCUCCAGUGCCCAGUGACUUCCCACCAUGCCCAGUACAACUGGCACCAUGAUAAUGAAAAACCAGUAUCCUGCAGCGUGAGGGAUCAACAGUGCCUUCUUUUGAUCGACAGCAUGGGUCCUGAGCAGGUGGGAUCUUACAAAUGUGAGUCAGAGGAGAUGGGCUACAGAAAAGUCCUGGCACAGUACCGACUAGAGAUGGGAAGCGGGUCAGGGAUCCGCUCAUCAAGCCCACUGGUCCUGGUUUGUCUGGUGGUGACACUGAUCAAGAGUGUGUCCUGCUGGUCCUGAGUAAAUAUGAUUCCAAUGAAAAGAGACAGAUGUUAAUAUUGAAUCAUCAUCAACCAAAAUAUUUUGUUACACGUUGUUUUAUUUUUUCUUAGAUUAACUAACAAAACUAAAGCAUUCCAAGUGCAGUAACAUUUUUGAUGAAAAUUUCAAUUUGACUAACGCUCUGCUUCAUUGAUGGUGAAAAUUCAAAUUACAAUAAUCUAUCAUACAUGAUUAGUCAUGGAGGCCGCUGUGGAGGUUCAAAGCACAUAUUCAAAUGAAUAUAAAGCAGAAAAUGUGUUUAAAAGUUGAAUCCUCUCCCUCUGAGCAUGUGCAAAUCCUUUCACCUUCCGCUGCACUGUAUAUGCACCUUACGCCUUCAGAUGCGCUUAAACAGCGGAAUGGAUAUUUCAGCAAUAAUAAUUCCACAUCUUGUAUAAUUUAAUGUUUGUAACUAUGUUUCUUGACGACUUUGUUCCAUGUGUUCAAUGCAAAAAGUUUCUCAGACUUAUUUCUUUUAAUGAAAGUUCUUCAAAGUUGAGUGUGAAAUAUGAGUGGUCAGCAAUAGUUAGUCUCCUGUAUUAUUAUUCCUAGGAAUGCAGGAAAAGAGGAUAAAAGUCUGAACCACGUUACCUGUUGUUAAUCUAAGAACCCUCUGGUGUUUUGAAAGUUUUUUCAGUGACAAUCUUUCAGUUUAUCAGAUACUUAGCUGGAAUGUAAUGAUACUAUGUGUUGGCAAAGAUGGUAGCAUUACUGUUGAGUUGCUUAAUAUGCUGAAACUAGAUUCUUACAGAAAGAUGCAAUGUGAUUCUUGUAACAAGCCCUGCAAGUGUUGCACCUACUUCCCUUAAUGUGAUGCAUCAUAAGCAAAGUGUUUGUAUUAGUGUGCACUUAGCUGCAACUUCCUUUGUUGUUGUACUACCUCAUUUUUGUUGGUUGCACUCUGAGCCAUUUAGUCAAGACUGUUAGUAAUGUUCAAGAUCUCAACAUCAGAUUUUGAAAUGUUGAAAAUGCAAAGUUGAUAUGUGGUGAUAUGAGUCACAUGUUAGCACUUGUUGCUUUCAUUCAGAGCUUAAGCACUUUAUUUUGGGAAUAUUUUAUGUGAUUGUGUGAUGUUUGUAACUUGUACAGAUUUGAACUCCUAGAAUGUCAUAUCAGUGCAACAGAAGCAGCAAUACUUUUUUAAAUUUCAAACAUUCUCCUUCUGUGUCAAAACCUGGUGCCUACAUUACCCACAAUGCAAACAAAUUCCACAGACGUCUGGUAACGUCACUUCUUUGUAAUGCCACACCUUUGUCAGUAAUCAUCAGCUGUAACCCACGCAACCUUCAGUGACACCUGAGGACACUUAUCAGAUUUCAUUCAUAAGAACGUGUUGUACCACUUCCCAGAAACGUCAUUUGUAAAAAUGUUGCAGUUUCUUUAACACUUUGACUCACUGGUCAACGUAAGGUUGAAGAGAUAAAUGUGGCAAAAAUCCAAAUCAAUUGCUCAAAUUUUAUUGUAUAUUAUGUAAACAGGAUGUCACACCCACACCCAGUAAUGCUAAUGAUACCUGGCACAGGGCAGACACUUGGUUUUGGUUGUUGUAUGUUGUUUAACCUCCACUUUUGAUUUGUACACUGUGCAUUGCUAUAUAUAUUUUUGUAAGUUAAGAAAAUAAUUUUAAACCAUGUUUCUGUAUGUAUAUGCAUUCUUUUCUCUCUCUAUGUAUAUGUGUGUAUAUAUACAAAUGUUUUUAAAUUAAAAGUUUA